UUGGGGAUACCAACUUCCGGGUAGACAUGGCGGCCUCCCUGGUUCGGUUUGUCCGCGGAGGAUUCAGUAGGAGCUUUAAUUUUGCCACCCGGAGUGCAGCUGUAGUGCCAGCGAGGUCAGAGGGCACAGCUACCGAGACUAGGCCUACUGUCAGACCCAAGGAUGAAGUCACUCACAAGCAGCUGUCAGCAUUUGGUGAAUAUGUUGCAGAAAUCCUUCCUAAGUAUGUGCAGCAGGUGCAGGUGACGUGUUUCAACGAGCUGGAGGUGAUGAUCCACCCGGACGGCGUGAUCCCUGUGCUGACGUUCCUGCGCGACCACACCAACGCCCAGUUCAAGAGCUUGGCCGACCUGACCGCGGUGGACAUCCCCAGCCGCCAGAACCGCUUCGAGAUAGUGUACAACCUCCUGUCCUUGCGCUAUAACUCCCGGAUUCGUGUGAAGACUUACACUGACGAGCUGACCACAGUGGACUCUGCAGUGCCAGUCCAUCAGGCGGCCAACUGGUAUGAGAGAGAGAUAUGGGACAUGUUUGGGGUUUUCUUUGCCAAUCACCCAGAUCUGAGGAGGAUCCUCACAGACUACGGGUUCGAGGGACAUCCAUUCCGGAAAGACUUUCCUCUUUCGGGAUACGUGGAGGUAGGGAGUGUCAGUCGGUCACAGCCUGUCAGCCCGCUGUUGGGAAGACUGCUGUAGAACAGCAACUCAGAC